UAAGACAGACAUGCUGCUCGCUAGCUGUAUUGGAGAUACGUGCAAGAAUUGUUGACUUUCACACGGUAGUUGGUGAAACAGGUAAAACAAAGGUAUAUUUAUGUGCACGUGAAUAGCUGGCCAUGAUCAAGCGAUAGCCAGUAAGCUGACCAAUGGCUAGUGUAGAGCGAGAAAGGCUGAAAGAAGAUAAAUUUCGGAAACGGAGCUGGAAGCGCUGGGGUCCCUUCCUGUCUGAACGCCAGUGGGGUACCGUCCGCGAGGACUACUCGGCAGAUGGAGACUGUUGGUCUCAUUUCCCCCACGAGCAUGCACGGUCGCGGGCGUACCGGUGGGGAGAAGACGGUCUUUUUGGGGUCACGGAAAGUCAUUGCCGCCUCUGUCUAUCCCUUGCUCUGUGGAAUGGCAAGGACCCCAUUCUCAAGGAACGACUCUUCGGUCUAAAUAGUCAUCAGGGCAACCACGGUGAGGACGUUAAGGAGCUGUACUAUUACCUUGACAACACACCCACACACUCAUAUAUGAAGGCCCUUUACAAAUACCCGCACGCGGAGUUCCCUUACGCUAAGCUUGAGACGGAAAACGCGCGCCGGGGCGUCAACGACCCCGAGUAUGAGAUCCUUGAUACAGGAGUGUUUAACUAUGGCCGCUACUUUGACGUUACGGUGGAGUACUGCAAGGCGAGCCCCAACGACAUACUAGGCCGAUAUACGGUGGCCAACAGAGGGCCGGAGCGCGCCACGGUGCACGUGUUGCCGCAACUCUGGUAUCGCAACAUCUGGGACUGGGGAGAGGAUUGCGAGGCAUAUCACGAGGUCAAGCCGAUACUGGUCAAAGACAAAUCCGGGAAGAUCCGAUGCGAACACCCAACACUAAGUGAGGUAGAGGAUCGUCCGCGACUGAACUCGAUGGAUCGGUACGUGGAGGAGAUGGAGCCGCCUCACGACCGCGCGUCCGUCCUUUACCACCAAACCUCCGUCCAUGGCGAGGACAAAGGAGUGUUUUUCUUCGAGUUAGGGCCUGACCAAGAUGACAAGGCUGUUCCUGUUUUGUUUACCGAGAAUUCAACCAACGCGGAAAAGUUAUAUGGUGGAUCAAACAAAUCAAAAUACGUCAAAGACGCCUUUCAUCACUACGUUAUUAAUGGUCAGACUGACACAGUGAACCCUAAACAGUAUGGCACCAAGUGCGCGGGUCACUAUGUCUUUGACCUUGACCCCGGUCAGGAAGUGGUGAUCAAAGUGAGGCUCUACCAGGGUGCUGAGAAGCCGAAUGGGUUGACUUUUGGGGAUGACUUUGAUGAGGUGUUCCAAGAAAGGAUCAAGGAAGCUAAUGAAUUUUACAAAGAGGUUAUGCCUCCCAACAUCAGCCCCGAGAGUGCGAGAAUAGCCAGACAAGCCUUUGCUGGGGUGCUGUGGAAUAAACAGUUUUACUAUUAUAUCAUUAAAGAGUGGAUGCGCGGGGAUGCUGGGCAGACCCCGCCCGAGGAGAGCCGGCAGCAGGACCGGAACCGCGAGUGGCAGCACCUCAACAACAAAGACGUCAUAUCCGUCCCUGACAAAUGGGAGUACCCUUUUUACUGCACGUGGGGUUUGGCGCUGCAAAUGAUCCCGAUGGCGCAGCUGGACAUCCAAUUCGCCAAGUCACAGCUGAUUCUCCUCCUAAGCGAGUGGUACAUGCAAGCUACCGGACAGCUGCCGGCGUACGAGUCCCGGUUGGACGACUUUACUCCGCCUCUACACGCGUAUUCCGUCCUGAAGGUGUACAAGGCUUCCGGUCAACGGGGUCACCGGGACGAGCUUUUCCUCGCUAGGUGCUUCCACAAAAUCGUCCUUAACUACACAUGGUGGUUGAACCUGAAGGACUUUGAGGGACGCAAUGUUGUGAGGGGCGGAUUUAUAGGCAUCGACAACUUCGGCAUUUUUGACAAGUCGCAGACACUUUCAGACUCGGGUACCAUUGCUCAUGCGAAUGCCAUCCCGUGGAUGGGUUUCCUGUGCUCCAUCAUGCUCGAAAUCAGCCUCAUUCUGGCACACCGGGACUGUAUCUACCAGGACAUGGCCUCCAAGUUCUUUGAAGAUUUUGUCGUCGUCAUGGACUCGCUAAACAGCGUCGAUGAUAUUGGACAAUGGAACGAGGCGGACGGGUUUUUCUACGACCAUGUGAGGGAGGGGAAAACGAGCCAUCCAGUGAAGAUCCGCUCCACGACCGGCUUCGUGCCGCUGCUCUGCUGUCUCGUGCUCAAUGACGUCGACUUUCGGGAGCACCCGGGUUUCGCUAAACGAACAAAGUGGUUCAUAGAGAACCGAAGGGACCUUGCGAAGGGCAUGUCGUUCAUGACGCGGGGAAGCAAGGAGGGCUGUACUCUGCUGUCCAUGGUCAACAAGGAGAAGCUUGUCAGGAUCCUCGCACACAUGCUGGAUGAAAACAAGUUCCUCUCGCCCUACGGAAUACGUUCCCUUUCGAAGGAGUACGAGGCAAGCCCGCAUGAGUUUGAACUGUCCGGGGAGACGUAUCGGGUCCAAUACGAGGCCGGAGAGUCACGGACAGGAGAGUUCGGGGGCAAUACCAACUGGCGGGGACCCGUCUGGAUACCCAUGAAUUUCCUUAUCAUUGAGAACUUGCGUCGGUUCCACUACUUUUACGGCUCGGACCUGAGCGUCGAGUGCCCGACGGGAUCUGGGGUGUUCAUGGACCUGGGGGAGGUCGCCGACAAUCUUGCUUGCCGCCUCGCAAACAUCUUUCUUCCCGAUCACACAGGCCGACGACCCUGCCAUGGAGACGAGUCGGUUUAUGCCAAGGACGCGCAUUUCCAGAACCUGUGUCUGUUUUACGAGUACUUCAACGGUGACGAUGGGAAGGGAUGCGGCGCAAGCCACCAGACGGGAUGGACAGCCCUGGUUGCAAACUUGCUGUGCCAAAACCCUCUGGAAGAUGAACUCAUAUUUUAAACCAACCUGCUCCCACUGUUAACCGCCUUAAUAGUAGAUUUUAGUUUAUUUAGUUACUAAAUAGACAUAAUUAGAAUCAUGAAUGUAUUGCACUGAUUAAUGUCAUUAAUGCUUACAUGUGAUAACACGUGAAUUCAUGCUGCAUGACACGUGAACAGUUAUAUGUGACAAUUUCUCAAAGUAAACGUUAUUAUUGUUUAAUGAUAUAUAAUUAUGAAGCGCUGUAUAACAGUAUUGUGCUUUUAGUGAAAAGUAUUGUGCUAUUAGUGUGGAAUGUGUCGAAUUAAUUGUAUCAUCAAUAAAAUAACAAAGAACAA